AUCAGUCAUCACAGUACAAAUACAAGCUUAAAUUUGAUCAAACAAGUCUCAACUCUCAAGUACUAUCUCUUACCUUCUCAGAAAUCUCAGUGUAAAGAAAACCUAGUUGAAGGUGAAAAUGUCGGGAUCUCGAGUUUCUAUGCAAGUUGGGAACGAUGGCGUUGCUAUCAUUACUAUUUCGAAUCCUCCUGUUAAUUCUUUAGCAGUUCCCAUAAUUGCGGGAAUUAAAGAAAAAUACGAUGAAGCUAUGAAGAGAAGUGAUGUCAAAGCUAUUGUUAUUACUGGUGAGAAUGGGAAGUUUUCUGGUGGUUUUGACAUCAAUGUUUUUGAGAAAGUUCACAAGACCGGAGAUUUGUCUAUAAUGCCGGAUGUAUCCGUUGAUCUUGUGGUCAACACAAUUGAAGAUGCACGAAAGCCAUCAGUUGCUGCCAUACAAGGACUUGCACUUGGAGGUGGCUUAGAAUUGGCUAUGGGAUGUCAUGCGCGCGUUUCUGCCCCCGGAGCGCAACUUGGAUUGCCUGAGCUAUCACUAGGAGUUAUUCCCGGUUUUGGAGGAACACAACGUCUUCCUAGGCUUCUUGGUCUACACAAGGCUGUUGAGAUUAUGUUGUCUUCAAAACCAAUAACAUCAGAAGAAGGCAUGAAGCUCGGGCUUAUUGAUGCUAUUGCGCCUCCUCAAGAGUUGCUGAAGGUAGCAUGCAUGUGGGCUUUGGAUAUUUCCGAGGGGCGGAAGCCCUUUGUAAGAUCCCUCCACAUGUCUAACAAACUAGGUUCUCUCGCCAAAGCACAAAAUGUGCUGAUGAAGGCUAGGCAAAAGGCGAAACAGACUGCUAGAAACAUGCCUCAGCACCAAGCCUGUCUUGAUGUUAUUGAGGAGGGUAUAUUGCGUGGAGGCUAUGCUGGGGUCUUGAAGGAGGCUAGUGUUUUUAAGGAGCUAGUUCUAACGGAUACUGCUAAAGGCCUGGUGCACAGCUUUUUUGCUCAACGCAUGACAUCAAAGGUUCCAGGUGUUACCGAUGUUGGACUAAAACCAAGGCAUAUUAAGAAAGUUGCUGUCAUUGGUGGGGGCUUAAUGGGUUCUGGCAUUGCAACAGCUUUAUUGUUGAGCAAUAUACAUGUUGUUUUGAAGGAAGUUAAUGCUGAUUUUCUUGCCAAGGGAAUAAAAUCUAUUCAAGGCAACGUCAGAGGCUUAGUGACUAGAGGGAAGUUGGUACAGGACAAGGCAGAGAAAGCACUUCUAUCACUCAGAGGUGUCUUGGACUACUCAGAAUUCAAAGAUGUUGAUAUGGUCAUUGAGGCUGUUGUCGAAAAUGUACCUUUGAAACAAACGAUAUUUAGUGACCUGGAGAAAGUCUGCCCUCCUGACUGUAUUUUAGCGACAAACACAUCAACUAUUGACCUCAAUUUGGUUGGAGAAAGGACCAAUUCUCAGAACCGCAUCAUUGGGGCACAUUUUUUUAGUCCUGCGCAUGUCAUGCCUCUACUGGAAAUUGUGCGAACAAAUAAGACUUCUGCUCAAGUUAUUCUUGAUCUCAUUGCAGUUGGUAAGACCAUCAAAAAGGUGCCUGUUGUGGUUGGUAACUGUACCGGGUUUGCUGUCAAUAGGGCUUUCUUCCCAUACAAUCAGAGUGCUCAUCUUUUGGCGAACUUGGGGGUCGACAUUUUCAGGAUCGACAAAGUGAUUAGUGAUUUUGGCCUUCCUAUGGGACCUUUUCAGCUUCAAGAUUUAGCUGGAUAUGGAGUUGCACUUGCAGUAGGAAAAGAAUUCUGUGCCGCCUUCCCUGAUCGUACUUUCAGUUCUCCUUUAGUCGAACUUCUUGUCAAAAAUGGACGAAAUGGUAGAAACAAUGGAAGAGGAUACUAUUUAUAUGAAAAAGGGAGCAAGCCGAAACCUGAUCUCUCUGUGUUAACCAUCAUUGAAGAAUCUAGAAGGUUGACAAAUAUUAUGCCAGGAGGAAAGCCUAUAUCUGUAUCUGACCAAGAGAUCUUGGAGAUGAUACUCUUUCCUGUAGUGAAUGAGGCAUGUCGUGUUCUAGAUGAAGGAGUGGUGGUUCGAGCAUCUGAUUUAGAUGUAGCUUCUGUUCUUGGGAUGAGUUUCCCUUCAUAUCGUGGUGGUCUUGUAUUUUGGGCAGAUACAGUUGGAGCUAGCCACAUAUAUGACUGUCUGAAGAAGUGGUCUAACCUGUAUGGAAAUUUCUUUAAACCAUCACAAUUCUUGGAGGAAAGGACUAGCAAAGGCUUGUUACUGAGUGCACCUGCUCCACCAUCUUCUUCAAGAUCACGCUUGUAGAUGGUAUGUCGUCCGGGAUUUCCACCAGCAUGUUCACAAAAUUAUCCUGUACCAGCUAUGGCGUCACUUCAGUGGCUCAUUACAUGCAACAAGCUAACUCUCGGCGUUGAGGGAAUAAGGACCAAACAAAAUGUAUAAAAUAUACUUCAUGAUAUUGAAAUAUUAGAAAAGAAAUAAAGUAGCAUUAUUUGUAGAACUGCAUAUUUAUGGUUCUUGAAAGUCUUGUUCUUUUCUUAACUCGUAUGAUUUUGGCUCUUCGAAUUCUUAGAGGGACGAACAAUUACAAUAAUCAGUAUCUGAAUGGAUGAUAAAUGUUAAUUCUGGCAGGUUGUAAUAGCUUAAAGAUACUGAAACUGUAGCUUCAUUAUGCACUACUGACUACAGUUUGAUAUUUGAUGGUAAUUGAGAUUUUGGUCACGCUUGAAGA